GCGGCGGCGCCGCCUUCUGGGGGGACUGCGGACAGCCGUGGGCUGGUUAAAAAGUCAUACAGUCUCAGGGAAGUAGCAGCACAUUGUGGGUUUCUUGGAGCAGCAACUCUAAUCAGUAAUGAGCAGAUGAUAACGAGUUAAACAGUGCCUGGUAAACAAUGCAAUCACGGUGGCAAGCCUGCACAAGCAACAUCAAAGAACAGAGGACUUUGGUGUUCCCAAGUCAGUAGGAAACAUGCCCAGGAUCUCACCUGUCAGAGUGCCUGCAAUUUUUACGUAGAUUUCUAUAGGUCUUGUAACCAUGUCUGUUAAUGCGACAGAGAAUGAUCCUCCCAGAUUCUUUGUAGGUGGAGAAGAUGGAGAAGGAUUGUUGGAUUCAGCCAGAUCUACAGAUUAUGAACACUUCUAUGACCAUGGGGAAGAAGAGGAGGAAGAGUAUGAUUCUCCACCGGAAAGACAAAUCGCAGUUGGGAUUUGUUCAAUGGCUAAGAAAUCAAAGUCCAAACCAAUGAAAGAAAUUCUUGAACGCCUCUCCAUGUUUAAGUAUAUAACUGUGGUGAUAUUUGAAGAGGAUGUUAUUUUGAAUGAGCCAGUAGAAAAUUGGCCUUUAUGUGACUGUCUCAUUUCUUUUCACUCUAAAGGGUUUCCACUGGACAAAGCAGUAGCCUAUGCAAAACUCAGGAAUCCAUUCAUAAUCAAUGACUUGAAUAUGCAGUAUCACAUACAAGACAGAAGAGAAGUCUAUAGUAUUCUUAAAGCUGAAGGCAUUUUACUUCCUCGCUAUGCAGUUCUGAACCGCGAUCCAAACAAUCCCCAAGAAUGCAACUUGAUUGAAGGAGAAGAUCAUGUAGAAGUGAAUGGAGAAAUUUUCCAGAAGCCAUUUGUAGAAAAGCCAGUUAGUGCUGAGGACCACAAUGUUUAUAUUUAUUAUCCAACAUCUGCUGGAGGUGGAAGCCAGAGGCUGUUUCGAAAGAUUGGCAGCAGAAGCAGUGUUUAUUCUCCUGAAAGCAGUGUGAGGAAAACAGGCUCCUAUAUUUAUGAGGAAUUCAUGCCCACAGAUGGAACUGAUGUGAAGGUGUACACAGUAGGUCCAGACUAUGCUCAUGCUGAAGCCCGAAAGUCUCCAGCUCUGGAUGGCAAAGUAGAAAGAGACAGCGAAGGAAAAGAAGUGAGAUAUCCAGUCAUCCUGAAUGCAAGAGAGAAGUUAAUUGCUUGGAAAGUAUGCCUUGCCUUUAAGCAAACAGUUUGUGGCUUUGAUUUGCUACGUGCUAAUGGACAGUCCUAUGUUUGUGAUGUGAAUGGCUUCAGUUUUGUGAAAAACUCCAUGAAAUACUAUGAUGAUUGUGCUAAGAUACUGGGAAAUAUCAUAAUGAGAGAACUUGCUCCCCAGUUUCAAAUACCGUGGUCAAUUCCUUUGGAAGCUGAAGACAUUCCAAUUGUGCCAACUACCUCUGGAACAAUGAUGGAGCUUAGAUGUGUUAUAGCUGUAAUACGCCAUGGGGAUCGAACACCGAAGCAAAAAAUGAAAAUGGAAGUAAAACAUCAGAGAUUUUUCGAUCUCUUUGAAAAAUGUGAUGGAUAUAAAUCUGGAAAAUUGAAACUGAAAAAACCAAAACAGUUGCAGGAAGUUCUUGAUAUAGCAAGGCAGCUUCUUGUAGAACUUGGGCAAAACAAUGAUUCUGAGAUUGAAGAAAGUAAAGCAAAACUUGAACAGCUAAAGACUGUGUUAGAAAUGUAUGGGCAUUUUUCAGGCAUAAACCGCAAAGUUCAGUUAACAUAUCUUCCUCAUGGCUGCCCUAAGACUUCAAGUGAAGAGGAAGAUAAUAGAAGAAAUGAGCCAUCCCUGCUUCUGGUUCUAAAAUGGGGAGGAGAGUUGACCCCUGCAGGCAGGGUUCAAGCAGAGGAGCUUGGAAGAGCUUUCAGGUGUAUGUAUCCAGGCGGACAAGGAGAUUAUGCUGGAUUUCCUGGAUGUGGUUUACUUAGAUUACACAGCACUUACCGACAUGAUCUCAAAAUCUAUGCUUCUGAUGAGGGACGAGUUCAGAUGACUGCAGCAGCUUUUGCAAAGGGACUACUGGCCUUAGAGGGAGAGCUGACUCCUAUUCUUGUCCAGAUGGUAAAAAGUGCUAAUAUGAAUGGUCUAUUGGACAGUGACAGUGAUUCUUUAAGCAGCUGUCAACAUCGUGUUAAAGCAAGGCUCCAUGAAAUUCUCCAGAGAGACAGAGAAUUUACUGCUGAUGACUAUGAUAAGCUCACUCCAUCUGGAAGCAUCUCACUGAUAAAGUCAAUGCAGGUUAUUAAAAAUCCUGUAAAGACAUGUGACAAGGUCUAUUACUUGAUCCAGAGUUUGACUUCUCAGAUCAGGCAGAGAAUGGAAGACCCAAAGUCUGCAGAUAUUCAGCUGUACCACAGUGAAACUCUAGAACUGAUGUUGCGCAGGUGGGCCAAGUUGGAAAAAGACUUCAAAACAAAAAAUGGAAGAUAUGAUAUUAGCAAAAUUCCUGAUAUUUAUGACUGUAUAAAAUAUGAUGUACAGCACAAUGGAUCCUUAAAAUUAGAAAACACGAUGGAAUUAUAUAGGCUUUCAAAGGCUUUAGCUGACAUUGUAAUUCCUCAGGAAUAUGGUAUUUCUAAAGCAGAGAAAUUGGAGAUUGCCAAAGGUUACUGCACUCCUCUAGUCAGAAAAAUUCGUUCUGACCUUCAGAGAACUCAAGAUGAUGACACUGUUAAUAAGCUUCACCCUCUCUACUCCAGGGGUGUUAUGUCCCCAGAGCGCCAUGUUCGUACUCGGCUAUAUUUCACCAGUGAGAGUCACGUCCACUCUCUGUUAUCUACCCUUCGUUAUGGUGCCUUAUGUGAUGAAUCAAAAGAUGAACAAUGGAAACGAGCUAUGGAUUACUUAAAUGUGGUCAAUGAACUCAAUUACAUGACACAGAUUGUCAUCAUGCUUUAUGAGGAUCCAAACAAGGAACUUUCUUCAGAAGAACGUUUUCAUGUAGAGCUGCAUUUCAGUCCAGGAGCUAAAGGCUGUGAAGAAGAUAAAAAUUUACCAUCAGGAUAUGGAUACAGACCUGCCUCCAGAGAGAAUGAAGGCUCAAAGAAAACCUCUCAUAGAAAUGAUAGUGAUGAGGAGGUGCACGCUCAUAAGAGAGAUGAAACAGAUCGAUCAGUAGUGAUGUUCAAGCCGAUGGUAUCAGACCCAAUCCACAUACACAGAAAGUCCCCCCUUCCGAGAUCUAGGAAGAUUGGUUCUGUUGAAGAAGAGAGCCCCCUGAGUGUGUCUAGCCCAGAGUGUAUUGGUACCUGGCUGCAUUACACCAGUGGUGUGGGUACUGGGCGUCGAAGACGCAGAUCAGGGGAACAAAUCACUUCUUCCCCUGUCUCCCCUAAAUCACUGGCUUUCACAUCCAGUAUUUUUGGCUCAUGGCAACAGGUCUUAUCAGAAAGCAAUAGUAACUUACGAACACCAAGAACUAUUCUGGAACAAAAGCAGAGUGGUCUAGGGUCUCACUGUGCGGGCCUGUUUAGCACCUCAGUGCUCGGGGGUUCUUCAAGUGCACCUAACCUACAGGAUUAUGCUCGUACGCAUCGUAAAAAGCUGACUUCUUCUGGCUUCAUAGAUGACACCACACGCGGUUCUGCUGUUAAAAGGUUUUCUAUCUCAUUUGCUCGACACCCAACCAAUGAACACCCACACCUCUUUAGGUGCUGGUCCAUUUCCUCUGUGGAAUUUCUAGGCUCCAGUGGCUUUGAACUGUAUUCCAUGGUGCCUUCUAUUUGCCCUUUGGAAACUCUGCACAAUUCCUUGUCUCUGAAGCAGGUGGAUGAAUUUCUUGCUUCUGUUGCUGCUCCGUCAAGGGAAAAUCUACAGGAGACAUCUUCUCCAACUCAGACGAUGCCUCUUUCAGGAAGAAAAAUUUCUUUAAAUACAUUUACCCCUGCAAAAAUUCAACCAACUCUACUUGAAACUUUGCCUGAAAGGCUAGUGGUAGAGAAACUAACCUUAUCUACCCUUGGAUGUCCUGUAUCUAAUGUAUCUAAUACUAAAUCAUCUCUUGAAGAGGCCUCACUAGAUGCAGAACUUGGUGGUGAAACUGUUUCUGAGAAGAAAUGAUCAGACAAAACUGUAAACAACUUCUUAAAUGGUUCUUUAGUGUGCAUUUAAGCAAAUUACUGAGCUGUCAAAAGCCAUUCAUGUCUGCAUCUGCAAUUCAUAGUGCACUUAAGAAUCUUUAUACAUGGUUAGAUAGUGUGCACAGUGUUUAGGUCAUUUCUAAAACAUUUCAGGAAAUAUACUUAACAGUUUAAUGAACUGCACACCUUUUAAUGGACAAGCUGCACAUGAAUCUUUUCUGUGUCUUCAAAUAUCUACUGUAAGCCUGUACAGAAAUAAAAUGUUAUGUGUUACA